GGGAUUAGGAAAUCGGAAGUUGGAAGGACUUUUAAACGUACCCCUCCAAAAGAAAUCUAAAAAGCUUUCAUUUCUGAAAAGAAAAGCAAAUACUGCAACUUUAUCCAUUCAAUCCACUCAAUGAACUCCACGAUACAUGAACCCAUCACUACAACUCACCCAUCUUCACUCUUUCCACAAAUUUCAAGAUGUAAAUCCAUCAAACGGCUCGAUCAAAUUCAUGCCCACUUCAUUAAAACUGGUCUUAUCAAAGACCCACUUGCUGCUGCAGAAUUCCUCAAAAUUCUCUGCCUCUCUAAUCACCGUGACCUCAAUUAUGCUCGUAAGUUUUUCACCCAAAUUCACGAACCCAAUUGCUUUUCUUGGAAUACCAUAAUGAGAGCUUUUGCUGAAACUGAUGAUUCUAAUGAGAGCCCGUUAGAGGGCUUGUCAUUAUUUUGUCAAAUGUGUACUGAUGGGGUGGUGGAACCUAAUAGAUUUACUUUCCCUUCUGUUUUAAAAGCUUGUGCUAAAACAGCAAGACUGCAAGAAGGGAAACAGGUUCAUGGAUAUGUUAUUAAAUUACGAUUGGAUAAUGAUGAGUUUGUUGCUAGUAAUCUUGUCAGAAUGUAUGUCAUGUGUGGUGUCAUGGAGGAUGCUCGUGUUCUGUUUAGGAAGCAUGUUUUUGAAUAUGAUAUUUGUAGUAAAUCAACGAGUGAUAAAAGGAAGAGAGAGGGUAUUGUAGUUUUGUGGAAUGUUAUGAUUGAUGGGUAUGUUAGACUUGGUGACCUUGCAGUUUCAAGGGAUUUGUUUGAUAAUAUGCCUUACAGAACCGUUGUGUCGUGGAAUGUGAUGAUAUCAGGGUAUGCACAAAAUGGGUAUUUUAAGGAAGCAAUAGAGUUGUUUCAUGAUAUGCAAAUGGAUGAUAUGUCUCCAAAUUAUGUGACUUUGGUUAGUGUUCUUCCUGCAAUUUCGCGAUUGGGUGCACUUGAAUUAGGUAAAUGGGUGCAUUUGUAUGCAGAGAAGAAUAAUAUUGAGGUCAAUGAUGUGCUUGGUUCCGCAUUGAUUGAUAUGUAUUCAAAAUGUGGAAGCAUUGAGAAGGCAACUCAGGUCUUUGAGAGCAUACAUAAUAAAAUGAAUGUUGUUACUUGGAGUGCUAUAAUCGGUGGGCUAGCUAUGCACGGUCGAGCAAAGGAUGCUCUUGAUUACUAUAGGAGGAUGCAAGAAGCUGGUGUCACUCCCAGUGAUGUUGUGUAUAGAGGUUUAUUGCGUGCUUGUAGCCAUGCUGGUUUGGUUGAAGAGGGUCGUUCCUUAUUUAAUCAUAUGGUCCAUAUUGAUGGUUUAGAACCUAGGAUUGAACAUUAUGGAUGCAUGGUUGAUCUUUUAGGUCGCGUUGGGCUUUUAGAAGAGGCUAAACAACUUAUAAGAAACAUGCCUAUUAGACCGGAUAAUGUGAUAUGGAAAGCCUUGCUCGCUGCUUGUAAAAUGCAUGGAAAUACUGAGAUGGAUGAACGAGUAGCAGGGAUUUUAAUGGAUUUGUUUCCACAUGACAGUGGAUCUUAUGUAGCUCUAUCCAAUAUGUUUGCCUCUAGAGGAAACUGGGAUGGAGUUGCAGAGGUGAGGCUAAAAAUGAAGGAACUAGAUAUAAGGAAAGACCCUGGAUGUAGCUGGAUCGAGCUUGAUGGGAUGAUCCAUGAAUUCCUUGUAGAAGAUGAUUCCCAUCCUAGAGCUGGAGAAAUUCGUUCGAUGUUGGAGGAGAUUUCGGAUCGAUUGAGGUCUGUAGGUUACAGGCCAAGUACAACACAAGUGCUGCUCAACAUGGAUGAAGAAGAUAAAGAAGGUUCAUUGUAUUAUCAUAGUGAGAAGAUUGCUAUUGCCUUUGGGUUGAUCAGUACGAGCCCUAAAACCCCACUUCGGAUUGUUAAGAAUCCAAGAGUUUGUGAAGACUGUCACUCUUCAAUUAAGCUAAUUUCAGAAUUAUAUAAUCGUAAAAUUAUUGUAAGGGAUCGAAAACGUUUCCACUUUUUUGAGAAUGGAUCAUGUUCUUGUAUGGAUUACUGGUAAUAAUGUUAAUAAUUAAGUUUGUUUAAGAAUAUAA